GUGCUAUCGGAGUGGAAACAGAAGUAUGAGGAAUCGCAGAGUGAGCUGGAAGGGACACAGAAGGAGGCGCGCUCCCUCAGCACUGAACUCUUCAAGCUCAAGAACGCUUAUGAGGAGUCACUCGACCACCUGGAGACCCUCAAGCGAGAGAACAAGAACCUGCAAGAGGAGAUUUCGGAUCUGACGGAGCAGCUGGGAGAGAGCGGGAAGAGCAUCCACGAGUUGGAAAAAGUCCGGAAACAGUUGGAACAGGAGAAGCAGGAGCUGCAGACAGCGCUCGAGGAGGCUGAGGCCACCCUGGAGCACGAGGAGGGUAAGAUUCUCCGAGCCCAGCUGGAGUUCAACCAGGUGAAGGCCGACAUGGAGAGGAAGUUGGCAGAGAAGGACGAGGAGAUGGAUCAGGCCAAGAGGAAUCAUCUCAGGCUGGUGGACUCUCUCCAGACCUCGCUGGAGUCCGAGACCAGGAGCAGGAACGAGGCCCUCAGGGUCAAGAAGAAGAUGGAGGGAGACCUGAACGAGAUGGAGGUGCAGCUGAGCUUGGCCAACCGCCAGGCCUCCGAGGCUCACAAGCAGGUCAAGCAGCUCCAGGCCGCGCUCAAGGACACCCAAUUGCACCUUGACGAUGCCCUAAGAGGUAUUGAUGACCUGAAGGAGAAUAGUGCGAUGGUAGAGCGAAGGAAUAACCUUCUCCAAGCCGAGCUGGAGGAGCUCAGAGCCGUCAUCGAGCAAACAGAGAGAGCGCGCAAGCUCGCCGAGCAGGAACUCAUAGAGAGCAGCGAGAGAGUUCAACUGCUACACUCCCAGAACACAGGUCUCAUCAACCAGAAGAAGAAGCUGGAGGGAGACAUUAAUCAGCUCCAGACGGAGGUGGAGGAGGCCAUUCAGGAAUGUCGCAAUGCGGAGGAGAAAGCCAAGAAAGCCAUCACUGACGCGGCCAUGAUGGCGGAGGAGCUGAAGAAGGAGCAGGACACCAGCUCCCACCUGGAGAGGAUGAAGAAGAACAUGGAACAAACCAUCAAAGACCUUCAGCACAGACUGGACGAGGCUGAACAGAUCGCCAUGAAGGGCGGCAAGAAACAGAUCCAGAAACUGGAGGCUCGGGUUCGGGAGUUGGAGAACGAGUUGGAGGGAGAACAGAGGCGAUGUUCUGAGGCUGUUAAGGGCGCCAGGAAGUACGAACGGCGGAUUAAAGAGCUAACUUACCAGACUGAGGAAGACCGGAAGAACUCCAUUCGUCUUCAGGACCUGGUGGACAAACUCCAGCUCAAGGUCAAGGCUUACAAGAGAUCGUCCGAGGAGGCGGUGAGUUCCUUUCACACUCACUCUAUCCGUAGAGCCGGUCAGAGAGAGAAAGUCCGGGGGGUGUGGUGA